AUGGAGUCACAUGUAUCUGAAGGGCCCAUCAUGAGCAUCCGUCGUGACACAGGUCAUCCGACUUGUCUCCGCCUUGUUGGUGGUCCCAAGGAGUCCUGGCUGAAGUUUGACUGCUGUCCCGGCGUCAAGGCCUGGAUCAGCACCCUUCAGGCCAAGCGUGACGUGCCGUUCCUCCCUUUCGACCUCCCGGAGUUCCCUUUCUUCGUCUUCGGCCCGACCAAGACCAUCCAACAAAUCAGCAACAUCGGCCCUGGUGCCAUUGAACAUGAAUACAAGGCCCUCGCCCAGCAAUGCAGAUCCUCUGACCCUAUCGAGAAACUCGCUGCCUCCAACCGCCUCCAGGACCUGGGAACUAUCAUCAACUGGUUACUUGUCUUCUUGGUCCGCCCUUGCGCUUCCCCGCCCCCUGAUAUCAGGUCGUUCUUUGACCACAAGCUUGAAACUGGCGACCCAGUCACGGACAGCGAAGCCAGCAAAGUCAUCCAGGCGAUGGAGCGCAGUCCGCAAAUGAACAUCCAGUCAUUGGAAAGGUUCAUCUGCUCGGCUCACCCCUUGCACGUCGCCUUCAAGGUCCUUGCCGCGGUCAUUAUCAGGUGUCAUCAAGUUCGACCCCUGCCUCAUCGGGUUCAGCCUGGCACGGCGCAGUUCCUCGAGCAUCUCGCUGGGAUUGCGACCUCGCCAUCUCCAACAAUCAUGGAGGAGUCGCUCCCCAUGGGCAGGCAUCCAUACACCCAGGUGUUCAUCCCCCAUGCGGCGGGUGUGAGGAGUAAUCACCCUAGUCUACACCCAGCCGGCAUCAUGAUUGCACUCAACCUCUAUCAAUUCAGCAGGCUCAAGGAGUUGGGCACAACAAACGAUGUGCGGGGGUGGAGGCACCCUGUGUAUGAGCCUCGACUCACCAAGCUUCGGAAUGAUCUUAUCCGGUACUUUUUGACCUCGGGGAGAAAGGUGCUGUUUGACGAGCUAGUGAGGGUUCAGUGGAGGGUUGACAAGUGGUUUGACCACAUCGACAGUCCGAAGCGUCCUAUGCCGGGCAGUGACGCCAGGACGAUGGAAACCUAUCGGCUGCUGCGUUCGGGGAAGAGUCACCAGGACCCAGCUAAACGGUUGGAGUUGCUGUUGGCGAAUGUCCCUGCUGAACCAUCGCCGGUGCCAGCUGAGGUUGAAGAGGAGCCAAGCCCCAGCAGGACUGAAGAUGAAGCCUCGUCCUCUGAUGAGAUGCAAGACCUUAACGAGACCCAGCGGACAGCCCCUUCCUCCCAAAAAGAGCCACGCCCCACCACCGUUGAAGACGAGCCAUCCUGCUCCCAUGAAAAAUAUGGCGAGGACGACGAGGACGCCUGCGAGGACGAGCUGGUCCUUGAUAUAGCAUUCGGCAUGACGAUCUCAGACGCCCACCAGGACUUCCUCCCCCCUCGGGUGUCAAACAUGAUCACAUGCAUGAAGGCGGCAAAGAGCCUGCUCAAGGGCAAGGCAGUCAUGAAUAGCAUGAAACAGGAGACUCUCGAGGCUCGCAGCGACGAGCUGCAAGCCCAGGCGUGCAAGUUGGCGCUUGUGGAGGGCUCGCCGGUCUACGAAACGCUGGCCAGCGUCCCGGCGGCAGGCGGCUCGUCCCGCGAGCAGGUGCCGGCUAGGCUAGCCGAGCUCGGCAUGCUGGAGCUCAGCCUGCUGCCGCCCGGGAUUGCAAGGCUGUCCGCCGAGCAGAAGGUAGAGCACUUUAAGAGUCUCUGCCACCGACAGGAAUUGGAAUUAGCCGAUAUUGUCAAGAAGAAGAAGGCUGGCCUCGAGGCAAGACCUCUUCCCCAACCGCCCCAGCCCUCCACGUCCCGCCAGGCAGAGUUGAUGCCGCCGCCUCCGUCUCCCUCCCGCUUCCCAGAUGCCACCAAUGCCGAGAUCCUCCGGGCUGUUGGCGAACAGCGGAAUGCUGAGCGGACAGAAGCCAACAAUCAGCUUCUCAGGAUACGAAUGGCCGAGCUGGAGCCGGGGCGUUCAAGACUGGAAGACGAAGAACUCGAGCGGGCAAGACAAAAGGCCAAAACGAUCGAGGCUGAAUUAGACGCAGCACAGCAGCAAGAGAGGAAGAGGCAAAGAAAGAACUUGGCCAAGAAAGAGAGACGUCAGGCAAGAAAGCAACUGGAGAAGCAGGCUCUUCAAGUUGAGCCACAGCCAGCUGAGACGCAAAAGCCUGAGGAGGGGGAACCAUCAUCGUCCCAGCUUGCAUCGACAUCGUCGCACUUGCAAGCGGAAGAGGAAAAUUUGUCAGAGGCCGUAACAAUCCUGGCGCUGUCCGAGCCUGAGCAGCAAGAUGUGGCCACACCGUCUGAGCUUGCCCAAGCUCAAGAAGUCUCGCUCCCAGAGUCAGAAUCGAAGGAAGAUGGGGAGGGGGCGGCAGGGCCCCCUAAAAGAAACCUUACCGGAUGGGACCGCCGAAGGUUGAAAAAGAGGGAGAGAAAGGAGAGAGAGGCCGAGGAGAAACGACGGAGGGAGGAAGAGAAAGCCCGGCAACGCGAGGCGGCCAAGGCGAAAGCCGAAGCCAAAAUGGCCAAGCGACUUGCCGAGGACAAGAAACGCUGGGACGAAGAAAAGAGACAGAGGGAAGAGGAGGAACGUCUCCGGAUCAAGAUUGAGGCAGAGCAGUUGGCGCGAGCGACGGAAGAGUCGCUGCGUCAAGCCAAAGAGGACGAGACCCUUCGCAAGGCAGAAGAGGUUCGGAAGGUGAAGGAGCUGGCAAAGGCCCAGUCCGAGGUCAAACCCAAGACCCGGCGUGCCGAUGUCAAGUCUCUGGAAACCUGGAGAGCCAAGUCGGUUCCUGCAGAGUCCGCAGGACCGGCAACUUCUGUCUUGCCUGUCCCAUCGUCGUCGUCGUCGUCUGCCGGCCCUGUUCCCGCCCUGCCGCCCUCGCCCGUCCGAGCUCCGGUGCCUGUGGUCUCGCCCGCUCGCCCUGCUGUUGCUGUGUCCCCGCGCGUGCUUGUGGCUCCGUCUCCGCGUUCGCCCGUGCUUUCGCCCGCUCGGAAGCCCCUGCUUCGGCUUGGGGACGUGACUCUUCCAGAGGAGGACUUCGCCAAGACAGGAGAGUCGUUGCUGUUUUCGUCGCACCGGCCUGUGAUAUCCAUACCACAGCGGACAACAACUCCUCCUGUCUUGGUGUCGUCGCCAACUCCUCUGGCGAUGAACGUCCCUUCGUCCCCUGUGGCGCAAGCAGCCGAAGCACGUACCCGUACUGAUGGCGGCAGUGCUCACUCUCAGCUCCGAAGUUCUCCUCCUAGAGUGGCUCAGGAAAUCGUCGACGAUGCAGUUCACCGCAGUGUUGAGAGGGCGCGUCCUGUCCACACCCUUGCACUCAGUGGUCGGGAACGUGAUGUAGCUCGCCGGGAAGAGGCUGUCGGGCAGCGGGAAUACGCGGUCUGGGAUCAAGAACAGGAGCUUUGGCGCGAACAAAAGAAGCUGAAGCAACAGCGGGAAGCAUUCCGUCAACAACAGAGAGCGCUCGAUCUCCGUGAGGUUGCCAUACGUGGCCGCGAAAAUAACCUUGACGCGCUGUUUCAUGCCCGGGAAAUCCGUCUAGAGGCUCGUGAGGCCGAGGUGGUACGACGCGAAAAGGCAGCAAACGAGCGGGACACGGGGGUAUAUCACCGCAUCAGACAGGUUGGUUUGCGAGAAGAGGAGGUGUACCGGCGAGAGAUGGCUGUCUAUGAGCUGGAGCAGCAUGGCUCUUCAUCUUCACCGGAUAUCACUCCUUUGCCAGAGAGCAACUCCUCUUCACUGGAGAUCAACUCCUCGUCAUUGGAGAUCAGCUCUUCGCCCAUUCGUAGUAUCUUCACUUCUUCGGCCGACACCACAUGGUCCACACAGCCGACUGAGAAUCAGACAAGUGUAGACAUGGAGGAUCCGGAAAGCAGAUAUAACCGCAGAUUUCACGGUAGUGGCCGUUCAAGGUCAAGUGAGCCUGUUGAACGGAGAAAUGAGGCAGUCCAUGGAAGUGGCAAUGUCCGUGAAGCACCUUCCUUCAGGAGAUGA